AUGAAAGCAUAUUAAAGCUAGCUUGAAUUAUACUUUAAAUAGUAUCACUUAUUUGAGUAAUUUCAAACGAAACCUGCAAAUGAUGAGUCUUAGUCUCAACAGCAUCAGCUUUAGCAUCAAGCAAGCAAUGGUCAUGAUUCUAAUCCUAAUAAUCCAAUAUUUCCAGGAGCAGGACCAAAACCUGUACUUGAAGAGGGCAAAGGAGUCUUUAAUAAUGGAUUUUUCUUCGUAAAUGAAAUAGUAUUUUCCAUCAGAGAAAAUCCUGCUUUGGCUGAAGGAGUAUUUUAAGCAAUAAUGGAUUCAGAAGUGAAAAGUUAUUACAGAGAGAGUAAAUUCGUGGAAAAUUUGACCUUAAUGUUCUUUGAUAAUCCUUUUUAAGACACUUCUAAGUGCGAAGAUACCAAUCUUUAAUACUUCAACAUUUUGAGGGCAUUUAACCGUUUAAUGAACAAAGAUUUGCAAUCUAAGUAUAAAAUAGCAAGCAAAGAUGACCUUAACAAUCAUGUAGCAUCUUAAAUAUUUUCAGGAUUAACUAAAAUCAUUGAAGCCUAGAGUUAUUUAAGGUUCAUUUUCAGGAACAUAUUCUCAAAGAUAAAUCUAAUUCAAUUGAUUGGAUUCAUUAAUGAAAAAGAAGCUCAAUGGAAAGCUCUGAAUUAAGCAUAAAUUAAGCAGUAGUAGUAACCACAAAAAGAAGAGUAAAAGCUUACUUAGCAAUAGUAGUAAAAAAACUUUAAACUUUCAAUGAGUUUAGUAAAUCCAAACGAUUAGAAAAAUUUAUUAGAAAAUUUGCAACCAUAAAAAAACAAAGACGAGGGGAAGAAAGAUUUAUAAGCUAAGUAAAAGAAACCAGGAAUGCUCAAAAAGUUAUUUGGUGGUGGCAGCAAGGAUAAAGACAAAAAGGCUCUCUAAGCUAAGCUCCAAGCCUAGUAGAAUAAUAAGUACAGAGAAACUUAUGAUCCAAGACAUAACCUUCAAAAUUGUCUUCUGGAUGAAGCUGAAAGUUAGAAUCAAAAGCAAGAAAGAUAAUCAUCCGUAGAUAAUCAAAAUUAAAGAAACCAAGCAAGGGAGAAUGAGCUGGGCAGAAUUAAUCUAACUAAUGACCAAUCAAUCGCUGUUACCAGCAAUAUGGAUCAAGGAUCUAAUCAGUUUAAUCUAUCUCCAAAUACUGAUGCAACUACAUCUCAGUAGUUUUAUUCCUCUACUCAGCAGUAAGAUCAUCUAGACUUCUCAAUGAAUAUUGAUAAAAUCAAUGAAAAUAAUGACUACAAGAUGAACGAAGAUGAUAAUGAUCUAAUGAGUCAGGCAGCAAUGAGUGAUGUGAGGGGCAAUUUUGAUAGCUUGAUUAAUCAGAGAAUAUCUAGAAUGGAUGUUAGCCAGGAGAUCAGAGCUAAGUUUGUCAUUAAAUAAUACGAUCUAACUGGAUACAUGAUACAUAUAUUAAUGAAAGUUACCGAAAUAUUGUACUUGUCUGUUUGCUAGAUACCUAAUCCUCUUAGAGCUUACAUCAAAAUUUUAGCUGAUUCAAUAUAAAGAAACAAACCUGAUAUCUCAAAAGCAGAUCUUUACAGAAUCUUGAAUGAUCUUCUGAUUGAUAAAUGGCUUAGUCAAAGCUUUUCCAUUCCUGAGUUCUAUGGAAUAUUACCUAAGCCUCUUAACUUCUUAGAUAAGCACAAAUACAUUUUCUUCUAAACAGCCUAAAAAUUUAGGGAGAAUAUUAUGACUUUUUAUGAGUAUCUUUUGAACAUCGAUAUUAGUAUAUAUCAAUGUGACAAGAAAGAUAGUGGACUUCUAGAGAGUCUUGUCAUUAGAUUAGAUGAUGUUAAAAAGCUACUUGCUCUGCUCAACUCUAACAUGGAUAAUUUAAAAAAUCUAGAUUAAAAUAUAGAGGAUAAUCUUGCAAGGCUUGAUUCAAGAUGUAGUUUGGAGAGUAUAUUGGAUGAUAACUUCGGUCUUAUUAAAGCUAAUGCAGCAUUUGAGGUCGACGAUGAUCAUUUUGGAAGAACAGAGGAUCCUAAUCAUGAGCAAAAAAAUUUCUUCGACUUGGAAAGUUAGAUUAAGUUCUUGUUCUUUGCUAAAGCUAAGGAAAAUAAUAGUAUGUAGCAGUAAAAGUAUCUCAAACAACUACUCGAAAAAGAGACUGAUGAAUUUAUUGGAAAACAUCAGAUAUAGGAUAGAAUGAAGUUUAGGUAGAUGCUUAGAAAUAUUCAAGAAUUGAUUUCUCAGGAUGAAGUCUAGUUUCCUAGUAUUCAUCAAAUUAUAAGAAACAAAAAGCAUGAUUUCCCAAAUGAUCUAAGUGUCAUUCUCUUCUUUUUGAUAAGAGGUGAUGAAUGUCUAAGUUAAGGAAGAGAUGGAAGUGAUAAAGAUAAAAUGAGGCUUUAAUGCAUGAUACUUUACAAAAAUCUUUAGCAAAUUGGAUUCAUUGGCAACACCAGAAUGCAAUGUAAAGUUAUAAAGCAUCUCAUAAAAAAGACUUCAAUCAGAGUGCAAAAUGUAGAGUAAGAUAUUAGCAAAGGUAGGGACUCAGUUAUAAGGUAAUCAGAGUCUAAUGACAUUAUCCCUUAAUUUGAGCAAAUAGGACUUGAAUCUCUCUAAUUGAUGUUUUUCUGUAUUUAGGAGGACAUUGAAUCAUUCUUAAGUCUGAUAAGAACAGAAAAUGAUUACAUUUGGAAAGUGCAGCACUCACUCUACCUAUCUUACUUCAUCUCUACAGUUAAGCCUUUCGUGUGCCUUAACUUUGAUCCUUCAAAUGGAGGUUUCAAUUUAGUUAGGCAAGAUAAAUGUGACAAACAUCAAGCGAAUCCAUUGCUUACUGGAUAACUAUUGUUUGGCAUUGUUUAAACUAAUAAUCCAGGAAACAACAGAUAAGCUGGAAGAGUUCCAAAUCAGCAGGCAGCAAAUAAUAAUGGACCUUAAACUACAAGGGGUACUGCAACAGGCCAACCAUCUUAACAACAACCUCAGGGUAGAAGAUAGGAUUAAAUGUCUUCGAUGAUUGUCGACCCUUAUUAAAAUUCUAAUAAUAGCAAAGUAAAACAUUAUCAAUUGAAAAGAAUAGAUUUAGCACUCGGGUAGGCUGCAAGAGAAAUUGAUAGUAUGAACCUGAGAACAACUUAUAACCAAUUCUUGCAAGUUGUUAAAAAUCUUCUGGAAAAUGACCAGCAUCUUAGUAAAAAUAUUACUCAUGCUUAGAAUGAAAUUAAUGAGUAUAUUAUGAGAUAGCUUCAUCGUCAUAUCUUUGUGCUAAUUGAGCCUUCUUAAGUCGAUAUUGAAAUCCAGAGAAACCUCUAGAAGAAUCAUUAUACUUUCCAAACUCUAGAUUUCCCAGAAGAGCUUUAAGAUGAAUCAUUAUGGAUUGACGCAAUCAGUGCAUUUGAUAAAUUCUCAAAAGAAGAAACACCUAUGGAGAAACUCUAAGUUGUAUUACGAACAGUUUAAAUUUGCUCUUAAGUUUAUCAUAUGGCUAAUAUCAAAGACAACAAAGAAAUGACAUUUGAUGAAGAGAUCAAUAUGCUCACCUACGUUGUUUAUAAAAGCAUUUCAGCUUUUAAACUUUACUCUAACUAUCAAUUUAUUAAAUUAUUCAAUGUCGAGCUCAAAAAUGGAAAUUCUUUUGAUAAGGCUCUUAAUUCCUUAGAAGCAGUAAUCUCAUAUAUAUUAUAGCAGCAAUGA